AUGGAAUAUUUAGAGAUAGUGGAAACUAUCAUCCCUUUCUUGAUUAACAAAAUCAUGACUCAAAUAGAGGAUAACAUAUUCGCUAGUUUAGAAUCUUAAUCAAGUGCCUCUUAUACAGUCAAUCUGGCCUUUAAUGUGAUGCACUAAAAAUGUUUCGAUCCUUAUUUUCAGAAUGAUAUAGAGAGAGAGGAUUUUGAAUCCAAGAGUACACAGAAGGAAAGAUUUAGAGCCUAUGAUAUCAAGGACAUAGCGCCAAUUUCAGUUAGGAUAACACCUAAAAUAGAUUUGUAUCCCAAGCAUUAAUUUAUGGUUCCAAUGUAAUUGUGGGAAGACUAUGAACCCCAACUGGUUAGAUAAAAAACAAUCGAAUAAGUGGAAGAAUAUCCUAAUGAAAGAAGAAUAAUGGAAUAAAAAUGCAUAGACAAAUCCAAUAAGGAGUAGCUGUUAAGAGAACGAUCUAAGGAGAAACGAUUAAUGAAAGAGUAAUAUAAUAGAUUGAUAAUGCAAAUAGGAUCGAAGGAUUAUACUUACGAUUACAACUGUGAUCCUAUUGCAAGGUCUAACAAUUAAAUAAAAAAAGAUGUAAUAACUACAUUGCCAUUCGAUGUACCUAAGUCUGAUAACAACACUGUGAUUUCAAAGCCAAAAUUAGUAGAGUAGAUAAGAUACAAACGAAAACAAGCAGAUAAUGAAGACACAAUAAUAGUUGAGUUUAUAGAGUCAUAGACUUAGGAUAUCAAAUUGUAGCCAGGAGUCAGUUUAAGUUUUUAGACUGUGCAAAGGAAGGAUACUAUUUAAAAACAACUGUCGUAGCAAUCAAAACAGACAAAUGAGAUAAUAAAUUAAACUAAAUACUAAAAGGGGUUCAGAAACCUAAUAAAAUUAAACGACAUAAGUUUGCUUGCUUAUUUAUAAUAAUUUGAUUUGGAUAGCAAUAUGGACACACUUUUGUAAAACAGACAUCAGACGUAAUUAGUUACUCCAACACAUUAGAGUCUAAUGAACCAAUAGACUAUUAAAAGAGAUGUGUUGAGACUACCCAAAUUGAGAUCGCAUUCAAUAAAUGUAAGGACCAAAACGAAAAGCAGAUAAUAAAAAAGCUUCUCAAUUGUUACUUAUAGAGAUUGA